AAGAAGAGCGUGAACAUGACCGAGUGCGUGCCGGUGCCCAGUUCCGAGCAUGUCGCCGAGAUCGUGGGGCGGCAAGGUUGUAAAAUCAAAGCGCUGCGGGCGAAGACCAACACUUAUAUCAAGACCCCGGUUCGUGGGGAGGAGCCUGUCUUUGUUGUGACGGGCAGGAAGGAGGAUGUGGCCAUGGCUCGAAGGGAGAUCAUCUCUGCCGCCGAGCACUUCUCCAUGAUCCGCGCCUCUCGGAAUAAGAAUACGGCGCUUAAUGGCGCAGUGCCCGGGCCACCUAACCUCCCGGGGCAGACCACCAUCCAGGUGCGAGUGCCCUACCGUGUGGUGGGGCUUGUGGUGGGGCCCAAGGGCGCCACGAUCAAGCGCAUCCAGCAACAGACGCACACGUACAUCGUGACUCCCAGCCGCGACAAGGAGCCUGUGUUCGAGGUAACCGGCAUGCCUGAGAACGUGGACCGAGCUCGUGAGGAAAUCGAGGCGCACAUCGCCUUGCGCACUGGCGGUAUCAUUGAGCUCACAGAUGAGAACGAUUUUCACGCCAACGGCACAGAUGUGGGCUUUGAUCUGCAUCAUGGGUCCGGCGGGUCCGGCCCAGGCAGCCUCUGGAGCAAGCCCACCCCCAGCAUCACGCCCACUCCGGGCCGCAAGCCCUUCUCUAGCUACCGCAACGACAGCUCCAGCUCUCUCGGCAGCGCCUCUACAGACUCCUAUUUCGGCGGAGGGACCAGCGGCAGUGCCGCCGCCACACCGCGCCUGGCGGACUACAGCCCCCCUAGCCCCGCGCUCAGCUUUGCUCACAACGGCAACAACAACAAUGGCAAUGGAUACACCUACACCGCGGGGGAAGCUUCUGUGCCUUCCCCCGAUGGUUGUCCUGAGCUUCAGCCCACCUUCGACCCGGCCCCCGCCCCACCGCCUGGGGCGCCACUUCUCUGGGCCCAGUUCGAGAGGUCCCCGGGAGGCGGACCUGCAGCUCCCGUGUCCUCUUCCUGCUCUUCCUCUGCAUCUUCCUCUGCUUCGUCCUCCUCAGUGGUCUUUCCUGGGGGCGGCGCCAGCGCGCCCUCCAACGCCAACCUAGGGCUGCUGGUGCACCGCCGGCUGCACCCGGGCACCAGCUGCCCGCGUUUGUCCCCGCCCUUGCACAUGGGCCCGGGGUGCUCGGUGUGCUUUGAGAGCGAAGUAAUCGCCGCCCUGGUGCCCUGCGGCCACAACCUCUUCUGCAUGGAGUGCGCCAACCGCAUCUGCGAGAAGAGCGAGCCUGAGUGUCCGGUCUGCCACACCGCGGUCACUCAGGCCAUCCGCAUCUUUUCCUGAAGGGAGCGCGGGCUUGCGUGCACCACCACGCAGGGGAAGGAGGACCCCCUUCCCUCCGUCCUCACUUCCCAGCGCCUCUCUGUCUCCUUGGUGCCCACCUUCUCCUCCCCCACUGCUCAUACUCUGAUCCGAAGAGGAGCUUGGAAAGCUGUAGUAUCCGCUCAUUUUUUUAAAUUUAAUUUUUAAACAAAGGAACUUGCCAGGAUAUCUACAUCAAGAGUACUGUAGCCUGGGAAACCUCUGAACCACCUGAAAUGCAUGCUCUAUAAAUAAUAGGAACGGCGACAUUCUAGUAAUGAUAGUUUUUACACUGUACUUAAUAGGAAGCUUCCAAAAGAAGAAAACCCCACAAGUUUUCCAUUUUCUUAAAGUAGGAAAAAAUGAACAAUAAUUAUUAUGAUGAAGAUGAUAAUAAUAGUGCUAUGGGAUGUGUGGACUGUUUUAGUGUGUUCCCCUUUGUGGCUGGGUUCCUACGAUGCUUAUUAUAGAACACAGUGGAUCCUUUUUGAAUGUUCGUGGAAGGGCCAGGAGUUCCUGUGAAACCAGGAUACUGCAGCUUUAUUAAAGUUAAAGGAACUGUAACAUAUCUCUUAUAUAUUAAAAACGUUUAAAAGUUUUAAAGAGAAAUUGCAUUAAUACAGAUUGAAGUAUUUUAUUCUUUUUUGACUUGAAAAAUUAUAUUUCAUAUUGCAAAGAUGUUUACAAGUAUUUUAAUUUAAGUUCAGUGAACUUUUUUGUAGCUGGGUUAAAUCUUUUUAUUUUAGUAUGGCCUUAUGGCAAAGAACACUGUAUUAUUUUAAUAAUCACACAAUUGUGACGGAAUUACAAACCAUAAGAUGUGUAAUGUUUUGAACAGUAUUCUGUUGGGAUGGAGAUUUUAUAGGUUCAGACAAAUCUUCUAGAUCUGCUUCACCCAGCAUAUUUUCUAUUCAGUGAUAUAAAGCAUAUUUUAUUCUAUAUUAUUACAAAAAAAUGGAAAUGUAUAAACAUGUCAAAAGGAACUGUUGAUGCUUUUUAACAUUUGUAUAAAUAGAAUUCAGUGCAAGUUACAAAAAUUCUGUUGCACCACUAUAGUUUUAGUAUUUCUAUUUUAAUACAUUUGUUUACCACUUGUUUAUGUAUAUGUAGGUGAUGUUACUUGAGCUUAAAUGUACUUUACUGAGCAAAGUUUAAAAAAAAGUAUAUUUUAUUUUAUGAUAAAGGGCCUUUAACCUCAUGGUCAAAUACUAAUAUUAUAUUUGCUGAGACAAGAUUUGAAAUUGUAUCAAGAGUUUUAUUUUUCUGACAUUUAAAGUUCUACAUAAUAAAGGUAAAACUUAAGUAAUGGUGCUACUUCAUUUUUUAAGUAUUUCUAUA